GGAGCCGGGCGCGUCGGCCACCGGGGGAACUUCCACUCCCACACCCACACCCACUUGCAGGAUCGAAUCCCCACCCGCACUGCUGACCGGCUCCCGCUGGGAGAUGAAGUGGACGGUGCUCCUCGCCCUGGUCCUGCCGGCCUGGCCUGCCCCCUGCAGCAGCACCGCUGGGAGCGAUGGAGAGGAGGGCCUCUGCCACGAGCAGUAUGGGGCGCUCGGCACCGACUUGCUUCUCCACUGCGACAUGGCCACCAGGGUGGACUGGAGAGUGAAUGGCACGCAGGUGGCUGCCUCCGAGGACGCGGUGGCCAGAGACAAGGGCCAGCUCUGGCUGCGGAACGCCAGCCUGGCUCAGGAAGGGGAAUACAGCUGCCACCAGCCUGGCACUGGGAAGACCCUGCGCAGGAUUCGGCUGCAAGUGGGCUUGCCCCCCGAGAAGCCUGCCGUUGAGUGCUGGGCUGUCAGUUACCCCCAGACCGUCAACUGCACCUGGAAGCUGCAACCUGAACCGGGCCUGGAGACUGAUUUCAUCACCACAUACAGGCAUGGCCUGGGGGCCCAGGAGAGCAAGUGUGUCCAGCCGGGGGCCGGGGCCAGCAGCUGCACCAUCAGCGACAUCCAGCUGUUCUCCAUCACCCCCUACGUGCUGAACGUGACGGCCGUGAACCCGCUGGGCGCGGCGAUGACCCUCUUCCCCUUCAUCGCGGAGCAGAUCAUCCGGCCGGAUCCCCCAGAAGGCUUGCGGGUCUCCCCCAUCCCUGGGGAAAGCAAGAAGCUGCUCCUGGAGUGGCAGCCGCCCAGUUCCUGGCCCUUCCCGCAGUAUUUCCCCCUCAAGUACCUGAUCCGCUACGCGAGGGAGGGAGCCAAGAGCGACCGAACGAUCGGGCCGUACGAGCAGACCUCCUUCAUCCUGACGGGGAUCCGCCCCAGAGCCAUCCACCACGUGCAAGUGGCCGCCAAGGACUUCACGGACUACGGCGAGUACAGCGCCUGGAGCCCGCGUGUGUCCGGCACCCCCUGGAUGCAGCAGUGAGCCGAGGGAUGCCCGGCAUGGCUGGAAGCACUCACACCUGCCUCCCAGGGGUGUGCAGAUUAGACUUGCUUUUGCCUCCCCCCGCCACUGAGGCUGCUGUAAUUCACCUGGCAGAAAAUACAGGAGCUGGGCCGGGCUGGGCGAGGGUUCCUAUGCUGUGAUAUGCCUGUCUGCUGCUGAACUCUCUGUCCUUCUCCACGCCCCCAGCCCUGCGUGGCUGACAGAGCCCUGGCUGCUGGGGCUUGGUUGUUGUUGCUGCCCUGUGUCACCUACUAAGGGCUAUUGCAGGAUUCAACCUUCUGUGGGCCUCAGGAUGGGUUUCCUGAGCACAGAGGUGCCCCACUGGUAGGUGUGUGGGACAAGCCCCCUCUGGGGCGAUUCACUGAGGACAUGAGUCUAGUACAGCCCCAUCUCCAGAGCAGCCUUUGUGCUUUUGGUACUGGAGGUCUCCCGCCUAGGGUUGCCAGGUGUCCAGUUUUGAACCAGACAGUCCUAUUUGAACUUUCUGUUUGGGGGAAAAAAAAUGAGAAAAUAGAACUGAGAAAAUAGAACUGUCCGGUAUUUUCUAAAUCAGAUGUAACGUCGAUUGUGAUGUCAUGUCAAGUGUGUCUGGUAUUUUUGUUGAAACCAUCUGGCAACCCUACUCCCACCGGCUGUCAUGCCUGCACCGUGUGCUCAGUUAACCGUCCCUCCUAGCAGGGCCAACUCAGAAUGUGGCUCCCGAGAGCCCAAAUCCUGCUCUUUGGACAGAGCGUGGGUCAGAUACCGAUUCAAGCCAAGCUGGCAGCGGGAGCGGCCACACUUUUCCAGGGCCCCACUGUAAGGCUGGCUUCGGCCAGCUUGCUUCAAACACCUCUUUUGUCAAUGUCGGAUCCUCCUCCUGGUUCUCCAGGCUGGCUGACCCUCAGCUUCUGGGAACCCAUCUGUCAGUGCCUUGGAACCGUGCAAGUAUUUUCUGGCUUUGCAGUGAAUGACUAGUGAGCAGCAGCUGACCUUGUAGCUGACUGACAUGUGUCGAUGCCUGAAUGGGGGAGGAAUAUUUUGUGUCCACAGGCAUCGCUGAAAGUCUGAUUUUCCUAUAGAAGAGGCAUCUUGUGAUCGGGUUAAAAUAUAAUUAGAAUAACCAAAAUACGCAAAAAAAACGCUCACUUUUUAGCCAAGGAAGUCAAAAGGUAACAGGACUGGCUUUGCUCCAGUAUUCUAUCCAAGAAUAUACUCUUUAAUGCAGAAGCCGUACGGCAGAGCAGUCAAAAAGCUAACGGACAAAAGAAAUAAAUUGCA